AUGGGCUCGCAACCUCAACAACGUCUUUACAUCCUCGAUACGGAUUUAUCGCACCCGUAUCGAGACACCCGGUCAGGACGAAUUGUAUCAUGUAACACGAACGGCAGCGACUUACAAACGGUAGUCGACAACAUGGAAACUCUUCCUGACGGAAUUGUUAUUGACCAUGGAAACGGCCACAUGUAUUGGACCAACAUGGGCACCAGCUUUAAAUCUAACAGUGGUUCUAUUGAGCGGGCAAACCUUGAUGGAUCUCGGCGGAUACAUAUCGUGCCCCCUGGAACAACAGGUGUUUUUACACCCAAGCAAAUUACCAUCGCGAAACAGACUCGCAAAUUGUAUUGGUGCGAUCGUGAGGGUAUGAAAGUCAUGCGCGCGAACUUGGACGGCUCCGAUAUCGAGAUUCUUGUCUCAACGGGCAGCACAGAUGAGGACCGCCUCGACCAGAGAAACUGGUGUGUGGGAAUUGCUGUGGACGAGAAGCGAGGCUUUUUCUAUUGGACUCAAAAAGGCCCAUCCAAGGGAAACCAGGGGCGCAUCUUUCGAGCCCCCGUACAACCGCGAGAGGUGAAGCAGAAGGAUAUCGAGGUGGUCUUUGACAAACUUCCAGAGCCAAUUGACCUUGAAUUCGACGAAGAAAGUGGAACACUCUACUGGACAGAUCGUGGUGACCCUCCAACCGGCAACUCUUUAAAUCGAGCAGCCGUAGCAGUAGGGGGACAGCCUCAGACUCUAGCGAUUAGAUUACAUGAGACCAUCGGGUUGGCUUUGGACAAGAAUUCGGAUAUGGUCUAUGUUACCGACUUGUCGGGUGGCAUUUACGCCAUUGACAUCAAGACUAGGAGGAAGACAGUCUUGUUUUCUGAGUUAGGUGAUACGACGGGGAUCGCAUUAGCAUGA